AUGCCAUCCCCAUACUUCUCCAAUACGAUAACAGAAUGCCUCUUCGUCCUAACCGUCACAUUUGCUUUUGCCCAGUCGACCAUCUUCUCCGGUAUGGCGACCGUGAUGACCGAUACGAUCGGUAGGGACCUCCAGAUGAACGGGCAGGUUGUUUGGAUCACGUCUGCUUGCCUAUUAACGAGCGGUGCCUUCGUCCUCCCCUUCGGCACCCUCGCCGACACAAUCGGACGUAAGAACAUGGCGCUAGCAGCCAUGGUCUGCACAACGCUCGCCGUCUUUGCAGCGGGAUGGGCCCCUGAUGGACCGUCCCUGAUCGUCUUCACGGCGCUGAUCGGUCUGUUCAGUGCAGCUGCUGUUUCACCCGCUGUGGGACAGCUGGGUGCUGUGUAUAGCGAGCCUUCAAAGAGAAGGAACCGGGCGUUUGCGUGCUUCAGUGCUGGGAAUCCGCUGGGGUUUGUGGUUGGGACAUUUGUUGCCGGGGUUGUACUUGAGAUUUCAGGCACCACUGCCUCCCCAGAAGCGACUGGGAAUGGGAGUGGAUGGAGAGUGUGCUUUUGGGUAUUCUGUGUGUUCUGCGCGGGAUUUGCGGGCCUCGUUGCGUUUACAGUGCCGAGCGAUGUGAAGAUUGGAACUCGCCCUGCUGCUGCUGGGAGUCAGGGGGUAGGAGUGUCCGGGUGGGAGGCGCUGAAGAGGUUUGAUCUUCUGGGGGCGUUGCUCGUUACCGCGGGGGUGUCGUUGGUGUCGGCUGGAUUGACCCUCACUGACGUAGCCCCCAAAGGCUGGGCUACGCCCUAUGUGAUCGUCAUGCUGGUUCUAGGAGUUGUCCUCCUAGCCGCCUUCAUUUUUUGGCAAUCAGUCUACAAAUUUCCCUUGAUGCCGUUGUAUAUCUGGAAAGACCGGAAUUUUUCUCUCGUAAUAAUCCUCCUCGCUACCGGCAACGCCGCAUUCACGGCUUCCUCCUUCUGGCUCUGCCUAUAUUUGCAACGCGUGAAGUCUCUCAGCUCCCUCUGGAUCGCGAUCUACCUCCUCCCGCAGAACAUCAACGGGCUCCUUGUGAACUUCGUCUGUAGUCUCAUCCUACAUCGCGUCUCGCAUAGGGUGCUUAUGGGCGUUGGUGCGAUCUCGUACCUAGGCAGCUUCUUGCUACUAGCCCUGCUGCAGGAGAUCAGACUCUACUACUGGGCGUUUGUAUUUCCCGCACUUUUGCUGGCGGUCGUUGGCGCCGAUUUGCAGUUUAAUGUGGCGAAUAGUUACGUGAUGUCCUCUCUGCCACGCGAACAACAGUCUCUCGCUGGUGGGAUCCUGAGCGCAGUCAACAGGCUACUCUCGAAUAUCACGCUGAGUAUAUCGACGGCUGUAUACUAUGCCGGGAGUCAGAAGCAGACUACACGAGGUGAUGACACUGGGCUAGGCGGGUAUAAAGCGGCCUUUUGGAUGUUGGUCGGCAUUGCAGGGGUGAAUUUGCUCCUUGUACCGUUUCUGAAAAUCGAGAGGAUUUCCGAGGCUGGGACACUGGAUGUGACGGAUAGGGAGCCUUUGACAGAAAAAGAAAUCGAAAAGGAGAGGAACGAGAGGACGGUGUCGGCGGAAUCCGUGGUGUAA